AUGUACUCUUUUCUUUUUAAAUAUAUUAUUAUUGGUGAUACAGGUGUUGGUAAAUCAUGUCUUUUAUUACAAUUCACUGACAAGAGAUUUCAACCAGUUCAUGAUUUAACUAUUGGUGUAGAAUUUGGAGCUAGAAUGAUUACUAUAGAUAAUAAGCCAAUUAAAUUACAAAUUUGGGAUACAGCUGGUCAAGAAUCAUUUAGAAGUAUUACUAGAUCAUAUUAUAGAGGUUCAGCUGGUGCUUUAUUGGUAUAUGAUAUUACUAGACGUGAAACAUUUAAUCAUUUGACAUGUUGGCUAAAGGAUGCUAAAUCAUUUGCCAAUCCAAACAUGACAAUUAUCUUGAUUGGAAACAAGUCGGAUUUGGAACAAAAGAGAGCUGUUGCCUAUGAAGAAGGUGAACAAUUUGCAAGAGAAAAUGGUUUAAUCUUCCUUGAAACAUCGGCCAAGACUGCUGCCAAUGUAGAAGAUGCUUUUAUUCGUACUGCAAAGGAAAUUUAUAAUAAGAUUCAAACUGGUGAUUUUGAUAUUAAUAAUGAGACAUUUGGAAUUAAAUUGGGAGCACCACAAAAAGCAGAUGCAACAAAUACAGGAAACCAAAAUCAAAGUACAGGUGGAUGUUGUGGAAAAUAA